CAUGACCCCUCAGCCCAAUUCGGCUAAAACUGGUGGCCAGCAAUUCGAUGAGAUGUACAACAACCUGAGAAACUCGAACAUCAAUGUCCAAUCCGUAUGGAUUCAGGUGACGUCUCCUACCAACUGGUACUUGACGAGCUCCCUCAACAUCAACUUCCUCAACAGCAUCCUUACACGAGCCGGGCAAUAUGGCCUUACCAUCGGUAUUUACACUAACAUCAACGAAUGGAAUCAGAUCACCGGUUCGGCCACUAUCAGUAACGCCAUGCUUUGGUGGGUGUACUGGAACACGUACGGCAGCGGAGUGUCAAAUGAAACGCCAUCCAACUUCAACGAUUUCAUCCCAUUUGGCGGGUGGACAUACCCUUCAAUUAAGCAGUUUGGUCAAGUGGAAUCCGUCUGUGGAAUAACUGUGAACAGGUGA